AUGGCACUGACGAACCCUGGCACCUUUUCACCAAGGGAGUAUGGUGUUUGGCUAGCUCAGAGUCCAAUUGGGCCGGUGGUGCAUUGGCUUGGGGUAUGCUGGCUGCGCUCCAGGCCAGUUAGCUCUGAUGUAGCGAGUGAUGGGCAGCACAGUGAGACAUAUCAAGAGCCAUCUGUGCUGUUGUGGAAUACUACCCAGCAUGAAGCAGGAAAAGGAAUAUUUCGGGGGAAACGGGGGCCAAAAUAUCACAGGCAAAACCUGACAAUGAAGAAGGAAUCCUCUGUUUUUCAGGCUACUGACAUUAUGGAACUACAGAUGUCACAAGAAGAUCAGAAAGAAAAAGAAAGGAACAUUGGUGCUGCAUGUGGGAAGAUAUUCAAAGAUAAUUCUAAAUUGAAUAUACAUUACAGAACACACACAGGAGAGAAACCAUAUAAGUGCAUGGAGUGUGGAAAGAGCUUCAGUGAUAGUGGAACUCUUACAGUACAUCAACGAACACACACAGGAGUGAAACCAUAUAAAUGCAUGGAGUGUGGAAAGAGCUUCAGUUGUAGUGGAACACUUAAUAAACAUCAUAAAACACACACAGGGGAGAAACCAUAUAAAUGUAUGGAUUGUGGAAAGAGCUUCAGUGAGAGCGGAAAACUUCAUCAACAUCAUAAAACACACACAGGGGAGAAACCAUAUAAAUGCAUGGAGUGUGGAAAGAGCUUCAGUCAUAGUGGAACACUUACUGUACAUCAACGAACACACACAGGGGAGAAACCAUAUAAAUGUAUGGAUUGUGGAAAGAGCUUCAGCUGUAGUGGAACACUUCAUAAACAUCAUAAAACACACACAGGGGAGAAACCAUAUAAAUGCAUGGAGUGUCAAAAGAGCUUCACUCAGAGUUCACAUCUUACUGAACAUCACCGAACACACACAGGGGUAAAACCAUAUAAGUGCAUGGAGUGUGGAAAGAGCUUCAGUCAAAGUGGAGCACUUACUGUACAUCAACGAACACACACAGGGAAUAAACCACACAAAUGUCUGGAGUGUGGAAAGAGCUUCAGUCAAAGUGGAACACUUGCUGUACAUCAACAAACACACACAAGGAAUAAACCAUACAAAUGUCUGGAGUGUGGAAAGUGUUUCAUUGAUAGUGGAACCCUGACUAGCCAUCAACGAACACACACAGGAGUGAAACCAUAUAAAUGCAUGGAGUGUGGAAAGAGCUUCAGUUGUAGUGGAACACUUACAGUACAUCAACGAACACACACAGGAGUGAAACCAUAUAAAUGCAUGGAGUGUGGAAAGAGCUUCAGUUGUAGUGGAACACUUAAUAAACAUCAUAAAACACACACAGGGGAGAAACCAUAUAAAUGUAUGGAUUGUGGAAAGAGCUUCAGUGAGAGCGGAAAACUUCAUAAACAUCAUACAACACACACAGGGGAGAAACCAUAUAAAUGUUUGGACUGUGGAAAGAGCUUCAGAGAUAGGGGAGCACUUACUGUACAUCAACGAACACACACAGGAGAGAAACCAUGUAAGUGCAUGGAGUGCGGAAAGAGCUUCGCUCAGAGCUCAAAUCUUACUCAACAUCAACAAACUCACACAGGGAAGAAACCAUAUAAGUGCAUGGAGUGUGGAAAGAGCUUCAGUGUAAGGGGAGCUCUUACUGUACAUCAACGAACACACACAGGAGUGAAACCAUAUAAAUGUAUGGAGUGUGGAAAGAGCUUCAGUUGUAGUGGAACGCUUAAUCAACAUCAUAAAAUACACACAGGGGAGAAACCAUAUAAAUGCAUGGAGUGUGGAAAGAGCUUCAGUAGUAGAGGAGCACUUCAUAAACAUCAUAAAACACACACAGGGGAGAAACCAUAUAAAUGCAUGGAGUGUGGAAAGAGCUUCAGUCAAAAUGGAGCACUUACUGUACAUCAACGAAAACACACCGGCAACAAACCACAUAAAUGUCUGGAGUGUGGAAAGUGCUUCAUUGAUAGUGGAACACUUACUGUACAUCAACGAACGCACACAGGUGAGAAACCAUAUAAAUGCAUGGAGUGUGGAAAGAGCUUCAGGCAAAGUGGAGCACUUACUGUACAUCAACGAACGCACACAGGUGAGAAACCAUAUAAAUGUCUGGAGUGUGGAAAGUGCUUCAUUGAUGGUGGAACACUUACUGUACAUCAACGAACACACACAGGCAACAAACCACAUAAAUGUCUGGAGUGUGGAAAAUGCUUCAGUGAUAGGGUAAAACCAUAUGAGUGCAUGGAGUGUGGAAAGAGCUUCAUUGAUAGUGGAGCACUUACUGUACAUCAACGAACGCACACAGGUGAGAAACCAUAUAAAUGCAUGAAGUGUGGAAAGAGCUUCAGGCAAAGUGGAGCACUUACUAUACAUCAACGAACGCACACAGGUGAGAAACCAUAUAAAUGCAUGGAGUGUGGAAAGAGCUUCAGGCAACGUGGAGCACUUACUAUACAUCAACGAACGCACACAGGUGAGAAACCAUAUAAAUGUCUGGAGUGUGGAAAGUGCUUCAUUGAUAGUGGAAGCCUGACUAGCCAUCACCGAACACACACAGGGGUAAAAGCAUAUAAGUGCAUGGAUUGUGGAAAGAGCUUCAGUCAUAGUGGAGCACUUACUGUACAUCAACAAACACACACAGGCAACAAACCACAUAAAUGUCUGGAGUGUGGAAAGUGCUUUAGUUAUAGUGGAGCACUAGCUAAACAUCAAAGAUCCCAUACAGAAGAAACCACAUGAAUGCAUGAGGUGUGGAAAGAGCUUCAGUCAGAUCUCAGUCCUUACUAGACUUAAAAGAAUUCAUAUGGGAUCAACCUUAUAAAUGUCCAGAGUGGAAAGAACUUCAGUUGGAGCGUACACCUUAGUGCACAUCA